AGGCAUCUCAAGGCCAACUCUGCGGUGGUGAGCUGGGAUGUCCUGGAAGAUGAAGUCGUCAUCGGAUUUGCCAUCUCUCAGCAGAAGAAGGACGUGCGGAUGCUGCGCUUCAUCCAGGAGGUGAACACCACCACCCGCUCGUGCGCCCUCUGGGACCUGGAGGAGGACACCGAGUACAUUGUGCACGUGCAGGCCAUCUCCAUUCAGGGCCAGAGUCCGGCCAGCGAGCCAGUGCUGUUCAAGACCCCUCGUGAGGCAGAGAAGAUGGCGUCCAAGAACAAAGAUGAGGUGACCAUGAAGGAGAUGGGGAGGAGCCAACAGCUGCGGACCGGCGAGGUGCUGAUCAUCGUAGUGGUCCUGUUCAUGUGGGCCGGCGUCAUUGCUCUCUUCUGCCGCCAGUAUGACAUUAUCAAGGACAACGAACCCAAUAACAACAAGGAGAAAACCAAGAGCGCGUCAGAAACCAGCACCCCAGAGCACCAAGGGGGAGGUCUCCUCCGCAGCAAGUUUCCAAACAAGCCCUCGGUGAACAUCAUCGAAGCAUGACUGCCUGUCUGCAGGGAGAAGGAUUUCAUUUUUCUUCUCUGCUGGUCUCCAGGUCCAUGGGCACAGGGACAGGGAGGACCGUGGUGGGGGGGAGGCCCAGCUAGCUACACUGUUCUCCCUCUUCCCCAUCCUAGUCUGGUGAAGGAGGCUGAACUACAAACCCAAAUUCUGCAAAAAAAUAAACAAGCCACAAAACUAAAAGGCCUGGCCCCAUUCUGGAAAAGGCAAAGCUGCAUGAGACACAGCCUUCUUUCUGCCUCCUUGCCUCUCCUGGACUGGCUUCCUCUUCGAGAAAAUGCACAAAGCUCUUGGGAGAUGACAAGCACCUAGACUGACUCCAACGGUGUCUUUCAGACCUAGAGCCAUCAGGGAAGCCGUGGGGCAGGGUCAUGGCUGCCAGCAAGCCUUUUCUGGAUCCAGCUAUCAAGGACUUGUUUGCUGUGUGACGCACAAUUCGGCGAGUGUGUAAGAUGUUCUGUUUUGUCUCUUUGGAAAACACGACUGAAGGGCUUCACUCCAGAGGGCAGAGGAAUUCCCCGAGCUGAUUGCCUGCAGCCUCUGUCUUCUUUGGCCCUUAUCUGACUGUAACAUCGUUAGUCUGGCGUCUUAAGAAGACGAAGUGGGAAAGAGACCUGGGAGGUGCUGGCCCCAUUUUUUUUAGGAAGAGUCUCUUGGAGUUGGAACAAUGCUGGCUCACACAACUGGAAAGGUAUGUCCACUUGGGACAUCCUGGGGGCUGCUGAGUCACCUGCUCUGGAGUGGAAGCUGCUGGAAGGCAGGCCUGAGCCAUUACUGUGGACAGUCAGAGCAGCCCUGGCCUCUGGGGUCUCCAUAUCUCACCAUCUCAUCCAGGGUUCUGUGAAAGCUACCCAGGGUCCUCAUGUCCUUCCCUAGAGCCUGAGUGGUGUGAGGUAACAGGUCUCUCUCUCCACUGCCCCUUUCUGGUAAACAAAACAAAACAAAACAAAACAAAAUGGUGCUUGAUAAGGGAAAGCAGACUCUUCCCUGGGACUGACAAGUUACGGCUGCUGAAUGCCUGCAGGGGAAGAGAUGGGCCUCGGCGCCUUCCGUUGGUGGUGAAUGACGGGCAUGUGGGAGGACUGCACCUAGCACAAGCCUGGCACACAGUAGGCGCUCAGUGAAUACCUGUUGAACUGAACGUUAAGAGCAAGUGCCCCCCCCCCCACCAGCCAGAGAGCUGAAAGCCAUCACCCAAUGACCGCCCCUUCCUUCCGGUCUACAAGAGCUCUCCCGGCUAGGUCAGCCACCACUCUGCUUGGCCCGGUGUGGCAGCACAGGAAGGGAGGAGAGACAGGGUAAAAGGCAGAUGUCAGCAAUACUAAGGGCUUCCUCAUGGAAGGGCAUGAGGCUCCACUCAUUGUCUUGUGACUUCCAUCCCUGCUGAAUGGGGCUGCAAGGCCAAGGCUCCUUAGGGGAGAGGUCCUUACCUCUGAUCCAGUUAGAGCAAUAACCUCUUUUUAAAUGUAAAAUAAAAGACAAAUGAAAAGGCA